GUAAGACGCUGCUGAGAGGGGAUUCCGAAGACGGUGACAGCCUCGGUAGUUGAGCUGUGGCCCAAGGGGACAAACGCGACCGGAAGGACGCGCUGGAGACUGUUUAUAGCCCUGUCAGGACCGUGCUAGGAGGGGAGGUGGAGGCGGAGGCCUGAGGGCUCCUUGAAUGAUGGCACACUGAGAAGCUUCCCCUGAGCCUGGACCCCCAUGACCUCCCAAGACAAAGAUGUGGGGCCCUCACUCUGCUCUCCCUGGGCCUCCCACAUGGGGCCCUGGAAUGCCAUCCUCGAGGCUGUCAGGGAGCAGCUCCCGUCUCUGGAUUCUGAUUCCUCCUUGUCAGACUGCGGGGAAGAGGAGCUGUUUAUCUUCCAGCGAAAUCAAACUGCCCUGAUUCCAGAUUUGUCAGAGGAGCUGGCUGAAGACCCUGAGGCGGCCUGGGUCCCUACAGUUGCCGAGUCUCCUUCUGAGCCACUGGCGGUGCCUAUGGAGUUCGCAGCAGAAGCCUGGGGUGAAGGGACGGCAAGGAUGAAGGAAGGAAGGGACCCUGGCCAGCACUUGGGGAGUGGUGGUGAGAGCAACUCUCUUCUUAGGGUGCCUAAGGAGGCUCCCACGUGUCAGGAAGGUGACCCUGGGGGCAUGUCCUUCGACACCAAAGGAUGCCCAAGUCCUCCCUCGGAGCUACAGGAAGAGGCCACGCUUUGUCCCAAGGAAGGAGACCUAAGGACGGAGACCCCAAGUGCUGCCUCCUGGACUCGGCAGGGCUCAGACUCUGCAAACUGGAGAGCCCUCCGGAGAGAGAGAAGGAAGAUGAUCGAGAGAGACCUACUCCAUAAAGUCACCUGGGGUGCCCGGAACCCCGUCUGCAGUGACCAAAGUCCAGUGAAGAAGAUGCCCUGUGAAGCUGCAGCAGCAUGUCCAAGACCAGGAACGCCACUACAGGGGCCCCGAGAAGGCGUGCCGCUGCUCUCCCUCCAGCACCUUGAAGAGCGGGAUUUGGAUCACAUCCUUCAGAGUCUGGCAGGACAAGACAACAAAGACAAGCCGGGAGGUCGAGCACCUGGAACAGUGUGGUGGGCAGCUGACCGCCUGCAGCGCCGAGAUCACGCCAAGCAGAGCGCCCAGGACAGGCUCAUGGAACGGCUCACCCGCCUGUGUGCCACGCAGUCCAGAGCCUCUUCCUCUGCCUGGAAGGUGCCUGCAGACACCCCCCAGGACACCGAGCAGCAAGAGGCUGGAAGCAGAUGUGCUUUGACGGAGUUGGGCUUCCAGGCUGAGCUGGGCCACUGUUGGCUAAGGAGCCCAGCAGAGCCUCCCACCACCUUCAUCGACCUGAGGCCCAUGGAGCCAUCAGACCAGGGGUCAUUGGAAAGGACUCCCUCACCGGAACCAGCACCCGCCACACACGUCCCUCGGCCCCAAGGCAGCACGAGGUGGGUACUGAAAGUCGCCUCCUUGACCCUGCCGGGCGAUCAGAUGGGGCAUGGCCGUGGAGAGUCCGGCUUACGGGGAAAGGGAAGAGAGGAUGUAGUGUAGGCUCGGUGAGAACCGUGGGACUGCAACGUCCUUUUCUCUGUGAGGGCCGAAGGGCGUCAGAAGGAUCUGUGGAAAAGCAUGAUGCUCUGAAAGGCCGAGGGGGGAGGUUACUUUGCUUCUGUGCAGAGACUGUUUCCUCUGAGGGAGAAAAAGCAAGGAAACAGGGCCCAAGGCUUUCACUGGCUCUAGAAGGGAAACCCUAAUGCCCCCGAGAUCCAACCCCAAUGGUCCAGAGUUUCAUCACAACUCUUGGUGGCCAAGAGUUACAACCACGGUGGGAGACAGACACAGAACAGAAAGCACGGAGCGAUGGUCCAGCUACCGCGCGCUCAGCGAGUGAGUGCUCUCCUUAUACGUGGCAGUAGAAAGGUUUCAUUUUCAUUCCUUCCACACGCUUAGUUUAGAAAAAACGAGGAUGUAAGGGAACGUUUGUGAUGGUUACUUUUCUGUUCCCGUGUGGCCAGGCUACGGUGCGGUUGUUUGGUUUAAACACCAAUCCAGACGCUGCUGUGGAGGUUACUCUAUAGAGAGUGAUUAACAACUACAAUCAGUUGGCUGUCAAGCAAAGCCCACUACCCUCCAUACUGGGAUGGGCCUCAUCUAACGAGCUGAAGGCCUUACGAGCAAAACGAGGUUUCCCGGAGAAGGAAUUCGGCCUCAAGACUGCAACAUGGAAACCCCCCCUGGGUUUCCAGCCAGCUGGCCCGCCCUGCAGAUUUCGGACUUGCCAGCCUCUAUAAUCACGUGAGCCAAUUCCUUAAAAUACAUCUCUUUACACACACAGACACACAUACCCUAUCAGUUCUGUUUCUCUGGAGAACCCCAAGUGACACAAAGCAGCACCUCAAUUCCUUUAGAAAAUGUUUUAGGGAGUGAGUGGGUGACAAUCACAGGAUGAGCCGAGUGUGAAGAGCAGAAGAGACAGUGGUGGGUGGUGAGCUGGGCGGUGGUAAGGGGAGGCCGUGGAUGGCCAUGGCCUUGCCAGGAGCAGCUCUGCCCAUGGGGGCUGAAGGUGGCACAGAAGAUGAAGGGAAACUGGACCAACCGUGUGGGUGAAGGAGCAAAAGAAGAAAUCCAGGACAGCUCUGGUCAUCUGCCUGGGACGUGGCGAGCAGCCACGCUGCCCCCACGGCAGCUGGGCCACUGACAAGGACACAUCAGCACCCCUGGCUUUGCAGGUUGUAUGCAGCUGGCUGCCAAGGGAGGGCCCCUGGCCCAUUGAACCAUCCCCUGGGCACGAGGUCCUAUUUUUAACAUGCUCCCCAUUGAUUCCUUGGGCCACUAGUUUGAGAACUGCUGGACUGGCUCCUGUAGGCUGUGGGGAGCCAGGGAAGGUGCUGAGUGGGGAGGUGGCCUGGGUCUCAGGUCCUGGAGGCCAACACACACCUUUGGGGAAAUGCUAGGCCAGCCACAGCCAGCCGAACGCAAGGAGCCACCCUCCCUGGGACUGGCCCUCACCAGACACCUCAUGGUUUCUGGCGGGGAGCGGCCAGGGUCUCCCCACGUUACCCUCACUCUCUGGCAGCACAUCCCAGCUACGGUCCCACUGAGCUGGGUCCAGGCACCCCCCCACCGGGGACAGGUACAUGGGCACAUCCUCCAAGGUCACUGGCACCUCCAACACAGCCCGCUCAGUCCCAUGCCAGUGCCCCUUCAGGUGGGGUCGGCCUGGUGGACUUACCCGUCCCUCCCACUCACGUCACGAUGGUGGGUCCUGCUCACCUCCCCCCGCUUCUUCCCAACCACACUUUCCUUCUCCACGUCACCCACCUCUCCUACUCCCACGCUCGGUUCACAGACACGGUGGGACCCGGCUCUUUGGCAGAGCACUGUUGCCCGGCACUCUGCCCGUUGUCGCAGGGCCGCAGGCAGUGUGGACAGAGCAGCCACUGGGGCCCACGCCCCUCGGGGACACGGAUUAGCACGCCCUACCUCAGCUCAAGCAUCCCUGGGACGCAAACGGGGUGACUGGAGGUCUUCGGGAUGGCUGUAGGCCAGCAGUUCCCAAAGCUAGCACCAGACUGACCUGGGGAGCAUGACUACAACCCAAGCGAAAAUACAUGCUUCACAAAAUAAAUGAAGUAAAACUCAAGCAAACAAUGUCCAGAAGCAAUAAGUCCAGAGACACAGGAUCCGUGGCUGUCAAGGGGUGGGGGUGGGGAGUAUUUUGGGGAGUGAUAAAAACGUUCUAAAAUUGUAAUGACGACCGCACAACUCUGUAAAUAUACUAAAUGCUGCACACUUUAACUGGGUGAAUUGUGUAUCUACAAAUUAUAUUUCAAUAAUGCUGUUAUUUAAAUACUACUCCAGGUCAGGGCUGGGAAGGAAUCUGUAUUUUUACUUAGAGUCCCAAGAGACUCUAACACCCAGCUGGGUUUCAGCGAUUGCCCUCUCUAUUGGACCCCAGAAUCCUCCAGGACAGGCCUAGUACUCAGGUGGCAUCUGAGAAAUAGCAAGAUGGUUCCCAGGAGGCAAGGGUCACUCCAGGGGAAAGCACCUGUGAAACCCGAGGACCUGGUCAUGGGAGAGAAGUGUCCCUAGGAAUGCCAGCUCACCUGGGACCAGGCUGAAAGGAAGAACAUGGCUGGUGCUGCUGGCUCCUGGUGCUGGAAGGCCACUGGGCCUAGAGGAAGAGCGCAGUCACCAGCGACGUGCACAGCCCACUGCGAAGGCCGGGACAGGUGCAGCUGCUCCCCACCUG